AUGGCAAUUUUCAUAUCAAGCGACUACUACAUGAACCCGUUCGUGAGUGCAGAGCCCGAGGUGAGGUGCAUGGUAGAGAGGACGAACAAGGACGAGUUCCUGAUCCUGGCAAGCGACGGGCUGUGGGACAAGGUGUCCAACGAGGUGGUGAGCAAGAUCGCCGGGAACUGCUUUAACGGCCGCACGACGGCCAUGUUCUUGGACUCCGUCUCUGGCAGCUCGGCGACCGACGCGGCAGCGCUGCUCGCUGACGCUGAGCUCUCUAUCUCACGCGGCAGCAUGGACAACAUCAACGUCGUCGUCGUGAAGCUGAGGCGGCUCAAGACCAGGGCCGCCUGA